CACUCUUACUCAAUUAUUAUUAACCAUUUGUUUUUUUCUCGAUUUUUCGAUAUUUUGUUGCAUGUCAUUAACCCUCACGGUUAUACUUUCGAAACAACUCCAUUAUAAGACUAGCAACCUCGAAGUUGUAUAUACGCCUGGAAAGCAAAAGUUAGCCACUAGGCUUGACCUCUUUUUAUAUUCGAAAAGAACAUUUCGAAAAAAAUAACUAUACCAUUUGAUAGCGCUUGAAAUUCUCUACCUGCCUGUGUAUUUGUAUUUUAGUUUGCGCUUGAACAUUAUGAAAAUAAAUUGAGUAUAAUGAAGGCACUUCCAUGCCCUCAUUCCCAACGACGGACUUUCUAAUUUUUAAUAUUUUUCAUUACUAUAGAACCACAUUUUUUAAAAGUAAUUAUAUAUAUUCUGAUAGAGUUUGAAAUUCUCUAUCAUCCCAUAUAUUUAUAUGUUGCUUUGCAUAUAUCUGUUGAAAAAUAAUUCGAAUACAAUGAAGAUAUCUUCAAUUGACAAGUAUUAAAAAAUCCCCAUUGUUUGCUAUUUUUUUAGUAUUUUUACCAAAUUAUUUUUCAUAUAGAAUAAAUUUUCACAAAAGUAAUUAUACAUUCUGAUAGCUCUUGAAAUUCUCUAUCAGUCUAUAUAAAAGUAUACUGCCUUCAAUAUAAGUAAAAAAAAUCAGUGUAUCUUUGAAAUUGUCAAUUGAAAUUUCUUCACUGUAUUCAAAUUAUUUUUUAACAGAUAAUGCAAAGCAACACAUAAAUAUAUGGAAUGACAGAAAAUUUCAAGCUCUAUUAGAAUAUAUAAUUGCUUUUUUAAAAAGAUAAUUUUAUAGUGAUAGAAAAUUAAAAAACCUAUUUUCUAUGCCAGUGACAAAAUUCAGUCUGUGGGAAUGUAGAUAUGAAAGUGCCUUCAUUAUACUCAAUUUAUUUCCAUAAUGUUCAAGCGCAAACUAAAAUACAAAUACACAGGCUGGUAGAGAAUUUCAAGCGCUAUCAAAUGGUAUAAUUACUUUUUUUGAAAUGUUCUUUUCGAGUGUAGAAAGAGGUCAAACGUAGUGGCUAACUUUUGCUUCCCAGGCGUAUAUAUAUGAGACUUACCGUAGGAAGUAACAAAUAUCAUUUUAUUCUAUGUUUCAUCAGUUCAAACACUGCAUUAGCCUGCUAUACACAUUGAUUUAAUCGUUCAAUAAGCUUUCGAGCACAUCAUUUUUUUUUCCUAAACGAACUUUGGCAUAUACUGUUGAGUUUUGCCUAUAAACUUAGAAUUCCAUUAGUUCAUAAGUUUCUAUAUCCGUUCUAUUCUGAUUCUGCUAAAUGAAUAAUACCACCACUCUACUGAUUGACACUUACAAUAAGAUGCUUUUACUGCAUUAAAUACAAAAGCCUACCAUAUUUAGGCUAGUUAGAAUGUACAGCGGACAUGUUAGAUUCAUAGAAUGCUUCAAAAGAUUCUAGAAAGUUCCAAAAUGAUCUAAACACUUUUACUACUCACACGUGUUUUCCUGUUGCUAUGAAAACGUACUUAAUGGUCUUUGGCUUGCCAUCUUUCACGCCCGGUUGCUAGGACCCAGAAGAGGAAGGAAGAAAGCGAAAAACCUCGAUUUGAACUUAGACUCACUAUUUUCUUUGAAAAUAUAUGUGAGUUUCACAGAAUCAAGAUAAGACUGAUGGCAACUGAGAAUUUUAUGUGCAGCAAACCAAAAGUGUGAAGACGGGAAUCAGUGGAGUCAAUCAUCGGAUUGUAAUAAUCUCACCUGCUUGAACGGUAGAUGCGUUUGUAGAUAUUCUGUUGUGACAGAAAAAACUUCAGCAUUCCUGUUGUUCUUACAGUUACGACAUGCAGCAAUGAAUAUUGAUGUGAGCAUGAGUAUUGGUUGAAGAUGCUGGUAUGUGAGGAUUUUUUCCAUCACACUACAUAUUCACAAUGAUAUCAACACCCUGAUGUUUAAAGAAAUUUGUGCAGUGUUUUGUGUUCCGGAUGCCAACAUGAUGAUAGACACCGAUACUAUCACAUGUGCUGUUUAAUAGGAACAUUCUUCCAAACCUUGUAUCAUGUAAAAAUUAUUUCUUGAUGAUUCUACCACUAUUUUAAAUGCGAAUGAAUUCUUCUGCAGAAUUUUAGAAUUCUGAUUUGUGAUUAAUUUUAGGCACAAUAAUAACAACAAUAACAACAACAACAACAACAACAACAACAACAACUACAACAACAACAACAACAACGACAACAACAACCACACUAAAUCCAAAACACUGUCAUGCACAAUGUUUACUUUCACCCAUCGAUUAA